AUGCACAAAGUCACCCUCCACGAGCUUGCGUCCAUACGCCGCCAACGAGAGAACGCGCAGGAGUUUCUGAGUAGACUGGAACUCAGUGGCUUCCGAGCUUCAGUUGGAGGAGGUGGUGCGAGUGAUGCGUGGCCGCUGGACUCUUCUACCAUUGACGUGUCUACCAUUGACGUGUCUACCAUUGAUGUGUCUACCAUUGACGAGUCUACCAUUGACGAGUCUACCAUUGACGUGUCUACCAUUGACGUGUCUACCAUUGACGUGUCUACCAUUGACGUGUCUACCAUUGACGUGUCUACCAUUGACGUGUCUACCAUUGACGUGUCUACCAUUGACGUGUCUACCAUUGACGUGUCUACCAUUGACGUGUCUACCAUUGACGUGUCUACCAUUGACGUGUCUACCAUUGACGUGUCUACCAUUGACGUGUCUACCAUUGACGUGUCUACCAUUGACGCGUCUACCAUUGACGUGUCUACCAUUGACGUGUCUACCAUUGACGUGUCUACCAUUGACGCGUCUACCAUUGACGCGUCUACCAUUGACGUGUCUACCAUUGACGUGUCUACCAUUGACGUGUCUACCAUUGACGCGUCUACCAUUGACGCGUCUACCAUUGACGUGUCUACCAUUGACGUGUCUACCAUUGACGCGUCUACCAUUGACGCGUCUACCUGCGACGUGUCUACCAUUGACGUGUCUACCAUUGACGUGUCUACCAUUGACGUGUCUACCAUUGACGUGUCUACCAUUGACGUGUCUACCAUUGACGUGUCUACCAUUGACGUGUCUACCAUUGACGUGUCUACCAUUGACGUGUCUACCAUUGACGUGUCUACCAUUGACGUGUCUACCAUUGACGUGUCUACCAUUGACGUGUCUACCAUUGACGUGUCUACCAUUGACGUGUCUACCAUUGACGUGUCUACCAUUGACGUGUCUACCAUUGACGCGUCUACCAUUGACGCGUCUACCAUUGACGUGUCUACCAUUGACGUGUCUACCAUUGACGCGUCUACCAUUGACGCGUCUACCUGCGACGUGUCUACCAUUGACGCGUCUACCUGCGACGUGUCUACCAUUGACGUGUCUACCAUUGACGUGUCUACCAUUGACGUGUCUACCAUUGAUGUGGUCCAGUGA